CGCCUUAACUUCGCCUCUCGGAUCAGCCUGCGGAGCUGUAAAGAAAGUUAGAAACUGAGCCUGAGAUCCUCUUCCUGCCUCUCGAAGCAACCUGCAGAAUUGAUCUUUGAGGACCAGCGUCCUGCGGUCGGGUCUGUCACUCGCCUUUUAAAAACAGGAGCUAAAGGAGGCGGGGAGGGAGGGGACGUUGGGUCACGGGUGAAGAGACGCUGACACUGAUGACGGGUUUGAAGAUGGAAUAUUGAGUGCCUGAAAGCUGUUAUGAAAUGCUAUGUAAACCAAGACGCCUACGUUUAAGAAGUAAAAGCAAAGAAUGGACUAUUCACUGCUGAUCUGUGGCUGAGAGAGAAGUGAAAUGUGCAUAUGGAUGGAACUGAAGAUAGUGCAAGAGGAACGAACCAUACACUUAAUUUCUAAGAAAUCUCUGAGACCUUGUUAAAAUGAAGAUUUCCAGGCCUCAUUGCAGUCCAUGGAAUCAGUAUUUUGGGACAUGUGACACAGGAAUCCCACAUUUGACAUGCUCCUUCAAGAUCUUGCUGGAGAUCCUUUAACCACAUCUAACACUGUCCCAGAAGCCCCCUUCUUGGGUCCUUCCUCAGAACUUCACGUCUGUGGGUGAAGGUCCUCCGUCGUGCAGCAAUGCAGCAAGCGAUGACGAAUCCUCAUCAGAAAACGACCGUCUUCUCCCACCGCUACCCUCGGUGGCUCCACCCGCGGCUGAAAUGGGGGAUGAGCUUCCACGGCCGACCACCCCAAACCGUGGCGGGGAGCACCGCCGUCCCCCCCGCACCCCCAGUCGUCCAGUUCAGCCCGCGGCACAAUGAGCACCUGCGGGAGCGGUACCUGCAGCAGGCGGCCGCCGAGCUGACCUUCGCGCCCGAUGUGGUGGCGCAGCGCGGCCUGGCCAGCGUCCCCUACCUGGAAUGCCGCUUCGAGCACCUGUACCAAGCACACCCAUUCCACGUCGCCCCACCGCCCCGCGCCACGACUCGCCCCAGCCGCAGCCCCGGCCUGGGAACGCCUGAGCACCCGGCGGUCGAGGGCACCUCGGCAAGGCGCACCGUCCCGGCCCUGCGCACCCAGAGAGUGGCCAGAUAUUAUAACAGGCUGCAGCGGAAAGCCCGGCCCGAGGUCGUGCCGCCCCCACGGCCGCCCGACAACAGCCCGUCUCUGGGCUCGACGCUGCGCAGGCAGGAUUUCGAGGAUCCGAGCCUGGAGCAGCAGGAAAGCUGGAUGGCGCCCCCCGAUGGGAGCACCAAGUUCUGGGAAGCCCUGGUGCUGGAGAAGCUGAACAAGCGCACCGCCCGCUGGAUCCUCAGCAAGCACCCCCAGAAGGGCGGGGUCCCCCCCAGCAAGUGGCAGGGUUUCCUGCGCCAUCAGUACGACUGGAGCCACAUCCGCGACGAGCUCACCUCUGAGAGUCAGCUGAGGCUCCUGGAACAGCUGGAGAAGGAAGAGAUGGCGGAAUUUGAGACCCCACCUUCCAGCCCGCCUGUCGUGGAGGAAAAGGAGCCGGAGAUGACUCUUUUUAUGUAUUACAGAUUGCCCAAAUACUUGUCCGAAGAGCAGAAAGAUGAAAUUUUCGAGAAUAAAACGACUGAUGAAAUUAACCAACGGAGAGGCACCUUACACUUCUCAGACCAGAGCUACUAUCUACCAGUGACUCGCCGAGCUGGAAAGUUUUCUUUUGCCACAGACAAUGCCUUUGAGCAGGAGAUUUACUUAGAUAAAGUCAAGAUUAUCCAUCCAAUUGGUGCAAAGAGAAGUCAAAUACUUCUGGAAAACCACAAUCUGUAUAACAAGCAAUUAUGUGAGAUCUUUCCUCGACCCCCAGAACGGUGGACUUCUGAGUCAGUCCCUGAAGCACCUUGUAAACCCGUGAAAGGAGCCAGGCGCUGGACCGGUCUGCCCAUCCGAGUGAAGGAGCUGCUGGAAAGUGGGGAGGCAGAUGCGCUCAUCAAGCCCAAGUGCCUGCAGAAUAUGUGCCAACUGCUGAAGGAACAUCUGAGCUGGAAACGCGAGAUUAUGCGGAAAGUACUGCAGCAGUGGAUAACUGACUGGGCUCUGAUCAUCGAGUGGCGUCAUGAGACGAUAAAGAGCUUGCUGAGGAGACUGGCAGAUUUGCACAGUAGCGUUCGGGUCCAAGCCAUCAUCACAUGCGCCGUGGCGGCCUUAGAACGGCCCCGGAAUGAUACCUGCCAGCAGCACCCAGCCAGGAAGGAGACAAAAGCUUCAUGUCUCCAGGAUUUGCCAGAGGUUCUAUAUCCUGCCCUGGAAGCUACUCUUAGUGAUAAGAAUGUCAACGUGCAGAUAGCAGCAGCAUUAUGUCAGUGUGCCAUACGGUCUCAUAACCCCCUUGCCCAGGAUAUUAUGCAGACAGCCGUUCUGAAAGGUAACAGUGUGAACAGCUGGGCUGCGGCUCAGUGCUUGGCUCUGGAAGGUGUUGCCACGUAUCCCGUGAUUAAGCGGAUCCUCUAUCAGCUGUUUAACAAGAAGGACAAGAACACUGAACAGCAUUCAUGUCUGCUACUGCGCUAUCUCAAUAAGCAGACAACACUGAUUAACACCAUGCUUGCCGUAGAGUUGAACAGUGGUGACUGGAGGGACCGGGUUGUGGCCUGCCGAGUUCUUGCCCAGAUUAACAGAGAUGUCAGUUUGGAUAUUAAACAUAAGUUUAUCCAGCUAAUGUGGAGUGACUGGAAUAAGGAGGUGAGACAAACAGCUGCCCAUGCUCUGGGACAAAUGAACCUUGGUAAGGAGGUACACGAUGCAAUCAGAGUGAAGCUGAGUCAAGGCACUCCCCAAGAUCGUGUGAAAGCCCUCAACCUGAUUGGCAGGCUCAAGCUCAUGACCGCCAAGCUUCUCCCACACUUCCUGAACUGCUUCUCUGAUGAGUACGUGGCGGUUCGGCAGGCAGCCUGUGUGGCAGCUGGUGCCCUGCAGAUUCACGAUCAGAUGGUCCGUACAUGCCUUCUGAAUCUGAUAGAGAGAGACCCUUACUGGAAAGUCAAAGCCCUGGCCAUUCAAGCAAUGGUAAAGAUUGGUCAAGUGAGUCCCCAGCUGACAGACCUCCUGCUCUGGGCUAUGCACUAUGAAUCGCCACCAGGUGUACGACUAGAAGCCUGCCGUAGCAUCCUAGCCCUCCAAAUUCAGGGGAAUGAGGUCAGGGAUACCUUCCUACAUGUGCUUCUGCUAGAGGAACAUGAUGCCGUUGUAAAAGAAAUUCAUAAGGCAAUGAAGAUGUUCAAGUUAGAAAAUGAUGAAAACCAAGAAAUGAUUCAGAACAUCAAGAACAGGAUUCAAGCACUAAGCCAAAAAGACUUGUUGACACAGAAUAUAGUCAAGAUUGAAGCAGCCAUUAAAAAAGUGAAGGAAGAAGCAAAACGUGUUUACUUCCCACCCAAAGCAGACCAAGAACCACAGAAAUUCCAAACUUUUCUCCAAAACACUUUUCAGGGCGAAGUGUUAUUUCCUAGAAGAUCAACUGAGACUACUUGCAAUAUUGAAGCAGUCAUAAAGAGUAUGAAGCCCCGUGAACCAAAUCCCUGGUUGCAGAGCCAGUUCCUGAACCCAAAUGCAAGAGGCCGAAAUUGUUCAACUCUUGUCAAGAACCUACACACAGGCAGGGAGAAACGCCUUGAAGCAGAACCGCUGCUAUUUGAUAACCAAAUUCUCCAAAACAAGAAAACCUCAAAAACUUACCCCAGUAAUGUGACUUCUUUCCUGCAGAAGAAAAUUGUUGACAAAUAGAAUGAGCUCUUCUUUCUAAGACACAGACAGCAGUGGGUCCAAUCAUUCUGUCUCUCUGAUUUGUAUAAUCUCAGUGCAGUGCAGUGCAUGCCUCUCAUGUGUGAAGCCUCUAGUGUGACCUCCAGCACACACAUUCCUAAAAAAAAAAGGUGGAAAAAAAUCACCAGAUCUACUGUUAAACUGAUUUUUCUUUUAAUAAACAUCGAGCCAAAGAGAUUAUACAAAAGGCAUCAUUAAAUCAUUUGUUUUCUAUUGCUGAUAAUAAAGAGCAUAUGAUGUCACAUGGCCGA